AUGAAGGAGAGUUUUCUGUGUGUAAUAUGUUGUGAGUUGAGUUUGGCAAAGGUGCACGAGACAAGGUCUCAGGCGCACGUGCCAAUGGACGAUGACAAGAUGAUGACGAGGAAGCAGAAAGCCGAUCAGCACAAGCUGCAGGAAUCGGAGCAAUUGCCCAAGAAACCAAAGGCCGAGAACGAUAAUGGGCAUCCAGACCGCAAACCAUCAGAUAAAGUCGACACUGAAUUCGAGGAAUAGUGCAGAGCUACAGAGGAACAUCUGUCAUUCGACCAGAUGCGCGAGAUCCUGGAAGCAAACGGCCAAGACUCCUCUGGUACUCCGGGGGUUGUAACCUCUAAAUGCCAAGACUUGCUGUUUUACGGGCCAUUGGACAAAUGCCCAAUUUGCGGUGGAACUAUCGAAUUUACUGGUACAAAGUAUAAGUGUAAGGGAGCUUAUAGCGAAUGGGCGUCUUGCACGUUCAGCACCAAAUUCCCUCCAAGGAGAGAGGAGCCUAUCAAGUUGUCGGAUUCUGUCCUCAAUUCCCCCAUCACUGAUUUGCUAAAGAAGCAUCAGGAUCCAAGUCGUCGACCUCGUAAAGAUCCAGGCAUUGCAGAUAAGCCACUACGAGGGAUGGUGAUAUCUCUAUCGGGUCAGCUUUCUCGUACUCAUCAAUAUUGGAUGACGAAGAUCGAGAGACACGGAGGAAAAGUCUCCAAUUCUGUCAUUGGCGUAACCUGUCUAGUUGUCUCUCCUGCCGAGAGGGAGCGUGGCGGCUCAGCAAAUGUUGCAGAAGCAGUGGAAAGAGGCAUACCCGUGGUGAGAGAAGCUUGGUUGCUCGACAGCAUCGAGAAACAAGAGGCGCAACCUUUAUCUGCUUACGAUGUGAUGAGUGAUCUGGCUGUAGAAGGCAGGGGAAUACCCUGGGACAAGCAAGAUCCGAGCGAGGAGGCACUUGAAUCGAUUUCAGCUGAACUGAAGCUGUAUGGGAAACAGGCUGUCUACAAAGACACGAAGCUACAAGAGCGAGGAGGGGAAAUAUUCGAGAGGGAUGGAAUACUGUAUAACUGUGCCUUUUCUCUUUGUGAUAUGGGGGAAGGAUUGAACAGCUAUUGCGUAAUGCAGCUCGUCACAGUUCCCGAUGACAACUUGCAUCUGUACUACAAGCGGGGAAGAGUAGGAGAUAAUCCGAAUGCAGAGGACCGGCUCGAAGAAUGGGAGAAUGUGGACAAUGCGGUGAAGGAGUUUGCGAGGCUGUUUGAGGAAAUAACAGGGAACGAGUUUGAGCCCUGGGAAAGAGAGAAGAAGUUUCAGAAGAAAUUGCUGAAAUUCUGUCCUGUUGACAUGGACGACGGUGUUGACACAAGACAUGGGGGCUUAGGUCUUCGGCAGCUUGGAGUUGCAGCGGUGCAUUGCAAGCUGGAGCCUCUGGUAGCGAACUUCAUGAAAGUCUUGUGCAGUCAGGAAAUAUAUAGGUAUGCUCUAAUGGAGAUGGGCUUGGAUUCCCCUGAUCUACCGGUGGGGAUGCUGUCAAGGAUUCACUUGCAAAGAUGUGAGGAGGUGCUACUAGAGUCUGUAGAGAAAGUAAAAUCCAUGAAGGAGAUGGGUCAAAAGGCUGAGGCUGUGUGGUCAGAUUAUAGCCAGAGAUGGUUCAAUUUGAUGCACUCAACGAGGCCUUUUAUUUUCCGAGAUUAUCAAGAAAUUGCCGAUCAUGCUGCAGCCGUAUUUGAGACUGUCCGUGACAUAACAGAUGCCUCACACUUUAUAGGCGAUAUGACAGGGGCUACAGUUGACGACCCUCUUUCGGACCGAUACAAUAAGCUGAACUGCAAAGUCUUGCCACUUGAAAAAGAGUCUGAUGACUACAAGAUGAUAGUGAAUUACGUGGAGAAUACUUAUGAGCCUCUCAAAGUUGGGGAAAUAAGCUACGGGGUGUCGGUGGAGAACAUAUUUGCUGUCGAAUCAACUGCAGCACCUUCUUAUGAUGAAAUAAAAGAGUUGCCCAAUAAGGUUCUCUUGUGGUGUGGCACUCGCAGCUCGAAUUUGAUGAGGCAUCUGCACAAGGGUUUUUUGCCCGCUGUUUGCUCUCUGCCAGUUCCUGGUUACAUGUUUGGAAAGGCGAUUGUGUGUUCUCAUGCGGCCGCAGAAGCAGCAAGGUACGGUUUUACCGCUGUUGACAGGCCGGAGGGCUUCUUGGUAUUGGCAAUUGCUUCUCUGGGAGAUCAAGUUCUGGAGGUUAAAAAUCCGCCCGAGGAUACGAAAUCCUUGGAGGAAAAGAAGGUAUGAGUAAAGGGACUGGGGAGAAAGAAAACAGACGAAUCGGAGCAUUUCAUUUGGAAGGACAACAUCAAAGUGCCGUGUGGUCGCUUGAUCCCCUCGGAGCACAAGGACAGCGCCCUGGAGUACAACGAGUACGCCGUGUUCGAUCCAAAACAGGUAAACAUAAGGUUCGUGGUGGGAGUGAAGUAUGAGGAACAAAGGAGUUGA